AUGUCGGCAUGGGGAAAUUUACAGCCACGUGUUGGUGCUACAGAAGUUCUCAGUAAAUUGAGCAGAGAAUAUCAAUUAGGCUUACUUUCAAAUGGUGAUAAAGGUACACUGCAAGCAGCGCUACGUGUCUUUCCAUCGUCGGUGAAUGUUUCAUUGAUAUUAUCAUCAGAUUAUCCAGUCAACUGUUUCAAAGCAUGUCCAUCGAUGUAUGCGCAAGCAUUAGCUGCAGUUAAUGGUGAUAAGACACAAAUAUUCCAUGUCGCUGGUUCGACAUAUGAUGCGCAGGGUGCACGUACUUUUGGCAUAUUUUCAGGUGCAUUAGACAGUUCAGCAAUGCAUACAAAUUCUAAACCAUGCUUUGCUUUUGAUGAUAUAUCACAGUUACUUUCAUUUUUUAAUGUUUAA